CACUCCCCUUUUUUUUUCCUACCGGAGAGGAUCGAGGGUUGGAGGAGAAGAGAGAGCCCGAGACGAGCUGAAGGACGCGCGGCGCUCCGGUGAGCGGAGACAGGGGGGGAAAUCAUGUGCACGUCCUUCGGCCGAGCGGACCGUGAGACACUCCGGGCGGCCGGUCGCCGUCGUCCUAAAAUCACCGAGUUUCUUUCCAUUCGUUGGAUUUUAUAACACCCGUGGCACGGCAGAGCAAGAGUACGGCUUGCGCGUCAAGGAUGACACCUUAUCUGUGAGAAAACCAAUCGAAUAAUCGAUUAUUUGCUUUUGUCUUUCGUCAAGCUUUGCGAAAAUUGCCAGUUUAUUGCUGGAGGCCCGAAGGACUGCUCGUCUGCAGAGCGAGAAGGCAAAAUGAGCAUCGCUACACAGUACAGAAUAUUGCGGAUGUUUCGAAAUAAAUAAAUAAAUCGAUUUUUUUUUCCACCAAGAAAAAAAAACAGCGCACUGGAUUGGAUUUGGGCAAAAUGCACAGAUGAGAAAACAGGAACGCAAAGCCAGUGACUGUAAUUUUUUUAUUUAUUUAUUUUAUUUUAUCUUAUUUUAUUCUUCAGAUUUUCUGAAUUUGUUCCAAAAUGCUUUGACGAGUCUAUGACACAUUUUCACUGACUGGAAAGGAAAAGCGCACAGGGGGUAAGUUUUGGACAUUCUGGAGAAUCGUUGCAAUGGAAACACAGCAUAUAUGAAGGAUCGAUUAGGAGGAAUGCGUUUCGAGAUGCUGGGCCGCAAAGAAUGAGGUGAGGACUGACCAUUUCUGAAUCGACGAGUGUGAACGAACAUUACCCGUCUUUAUUUUUUUGGACGCUUGAAGAUAUAGAGUCAUAUCAGAGCGCACGGAUUCCUUUUUUUUUAUCUUUAAUUUUUUACUCCACACAUAACCCCGCAUGCGUAACUCUGUGCGCCUCGGUGAUGUGAUGUGUGGGAUGUAAUGUGGUGUGGUGGUCGCGCUAAGCCUUCGCCCCCUUCUUCCCUCCCGCUUGGCGAAGACUGGCGUGCAGCAGAAUGGCUCGGUUUACAGACGAGGCGCCGUCCAGGUACGGUGGUGGUGGCGGCGGCGGCGGUGGAGGUAGCGUUUCAGCGGCGCAUGCGCACGGGCAGGGUGGCGCGGUGCGCGGCGCCAGCAGGCAGGGCGGCCCGCCGGGCGCGCAGCGCGUGUACAAGCAGUCCAUGGCCCAGCGAGCGCGCACGAUGGCUCUUUACAACCCCAUCCCGGUGCGACAGAACUGCUUCACCGUCAACCGGUCCCUGUUCAUCUUUAGCGAGGACAACUUUGUGAGAAAAUACGCCAAAAAGAUCACCGAGUGGCCUCCGUUUGAGUACAUGAUCUUGGCCACCAUCAUUGCCAACUGCAUCGUCCUGGCACUAGAGCAGCAUCUACCCGAUGGGGACAAGACGCCGAUGUCAGAGCGCCUGGAUGACACUGAACCUUAUUUUAUUGGCAUCUUCUGUUUCGAGUCUGGCAUUAAGAUUCUGGCUCUGGGUUUCGCCUUUCAUAAGGGCUCCUAUCUCCGCAACGGCUGGAACGUCAUGGACUUUGUAGUAGUGCUGACUGGAAUUCUCUCUACAGUGGGCUCGGACUUUGACUUGAGGACCCUGCGUGCUGUAAGAGUGUUGCGACCUCUUAAGCUGGUAUCAGGGAUUCCCAGCCUGCAGGUGGUGCUCAAGUCCAUCAUGAAGGCCAUGAUCCCUCUGCUACAAAUUGGUUUGCUGCUCUUCUUUGCCAUUCUCAUGUUUGCUAUCAUCGGCCUUGAGUUCUACAUUGGCAAAUUUCACACUACCUGCUUCGAUGACAUCACUAAUGAAAUUCGGGAAGAGUUUCCAUGUGGAACCGAGCUCCCCUCUCGCCUCUGUCCGAAUGGCACAACCUGUACAAGAUACUGGCUCGGACCAAACUACGGCAUCACACAGUUCGACAACAUCCUGUUCGCCGUGCUCACCGUCUUCCAGUGCAUCACCAUGGAGGGUUGGACUGAUCUCCUCUACUAUAGUAACGAUGCUUCUGGGAGCGCAUGGAACUGGAUGUACUUUGUUCCCCUCAUCAUUAUCGGCUCCUUUUUCAUGCUCAACCUGGUACUGGGUGUACUGUCUGGUGAGUUUGCUAAAGAGAGAGAGCGGGUGGAGAACAGAAGCGAGUUUCUGAAGCUGAGGCGACAGCAGCAGAUCGAGAGAGAGCUGAAUGGAUAUCUGGAGUGGAUCUGUAAAGCAGAGGAAGUGAUCCUGGCUGAUGAGGACAACGACGGUGAUGACCGGAUGCCCUUUGACGGAUCAAGGAGAAGACCUACUCUCAAGAAGAGCAAGAAUGAUCUGCUUAACCCGGAAGAGGGAGACGGGGACCUUGCUUUAGGGUCUCCAUUUGCCCGUGCCAGUCUCAAAAGCUCCAAGCUGGAGGGCUCGUCCUUUCGGAAAAAGGAACGACGACUGCGCUUCUUCAUCCGGCAUGUUGUAAAGACGCAGGCCUUCUACUGGACUGUGUUAUGCUUGGUGGGCCUGAACACACUGUGUGUGGCUGUGGUGCAUUACGACCAGCCCGAUUUGCUCUCCGAUUUUCUUUAUUAUGCAGAGUUUAUUUUCCUUGGCAUUUUCAUGUCAGAGAUGUGCAUUAAGAUGUACGGACUGGGGACCAGGCCCUACUUUCACUCCUCAUUUAACUGCUUCGACUGCAUUGUUAUAUGUGGCAGCAUUUUUGAGGUGCUCUGGGCGUUGAUCCAGCCAGGGACCUCAUUUGGGAUCAGUGUGUUGCGAGCUCUCAGGUUAUUGAGGAUCUUCAAAGUCACCAAGUACUGGGCGUCCUUAAGGAACCUGGUGGUGUCUUUGCUGAACUCUAUGAAAUCCAUCAUAAGCUUACUCUUUCUUCUCUUCCUCUUCAUCGUGGUGUUUGCUCUGCUUGGUAUGCAGUUGUUCGGAGGACAGUUUAAUUUUGAAUCCGGGACCCCACCGACAAAUUUUGAUACGUUUCCCGCAGCAAUAAUGACCGUGUUCCAGAUCCUGACUGGUGAGGACUGGAACAUGGUGAUGUAUGAUGGGAUCGAAUCUCAGGGAGGAGUCAACAAGGGCAUGGUCUUCUCCAUCUUCUUCAUCGUGCUGACCCUUUUUGGCAACUACACACUGCUGAAUGUAUUCUUGGCCAUCGCUGUGGACAAUCUGGCCAAUGCACAGGAGCUGACCAAGGAUGAGCAGGAGGAAGAGGAGGCAGCAAAUCAGAAAAUGGCUCUUCAGAAGGCUAAGGAGGUCGCUGAAGUGAGUCCUCUGUCUGCAGCAAACCUGUCCAUCGCAGCCGUAACUGUUCACUCUGAGCAUCUCAACACUUCUGAAUCUUUUGCGGACUGUAAAGAGCAGCAGAAGAACCAUAAGGGCGCGAAGUCAGUGUGGGAGCAGCGCACCUGUGAGCUCCGCCGCCAGACCCUGAUGACCAGCAGGGAGGCGCUCUAUAACGAGCUGGAACCUGAGGAUCGCUGGAAGGUAUCUUAUUCCCGCCAUAUCCGUCCUGACAUGAAAACCCACCUGGACCGUCCGCUCGUGGUGGAUCCGCAAGAAAACCGAAACAACAACACAAACAAGACCCGACCGGGAGAGGAACUCCUACAAAAACGGCCUCCGUACCAACCGACGAGCCGGCCGCUGGGAAGAGGAGAACCUGCCGAGUCAAGGCGAGGCCUUAAGGAUCUGGAGAGCCAGAGCCAUACUGGCACGGAGGGCACAGAGACUGUCGUGAAGGAGCCGCAUCGGAAGCGAGAGCAUCGUGGACAGAACGGACGCUCUCGGCAACACCGCAAGGCGCUGGACGAGGAGGCUGAGGGUGGCGAAAGAACCAGGAGGCACAGGAGCAAGUGCACGGAGGGAGGAGGAGACGGCGAGAACGUGGAUGGAACCGAGCGCAGGCAGCGGUGCCAUCGACAUGGGGACAAAGAGGGAAAAAGGGAACGAGGAGACGGGGAGAGGCGGCAUCGUAGCAGGAAGGAGGGCCCCACUUUAUCCACCACUCGCCCCAUUCAGAAAGCUCUGUCCAGGCAGAACAGUCAGUACAGUGAAGACCUGGACAACGUCAUGAACAGCAAGCUCGCCACCCAGCCUCUGGUGCCCUCCGUCCCCCACAGCACCCGCUCUACGCCCCACGCCAGCCUUCUCAGCCUGGUCAGCGGCGGACACAGCACCCGCCUGGCACCCACGGGGACGGAAAGCAGCCUGAUCCUCACCAACCCCACCUCCACCAUCGUUAACCUGGCUAAUCUGGAGAACAAGACCGAUUACACGGCCAUAGACAUGCCGCCCAUGUUUCCUUCAGCCAACGCCAUUCUGCAAGUCAAUAAGAACGCCAACACAGAACCACUGCCAAAGAAGGAAGAUACGAAAGGUGACGACGACGAUGAUGAUAAAGACGAUGGGGGACCUAAACCCAUGCCCCCUUACAGCUCCAUGUUCAUCCUGUCCACGACAAACCCGUUUCGGAGGCUGUGUCAUUACGUGGUGACUCUGAGGUACUUCGAGAUGUGUAUCCUGCUGGUCAUUGCGAUGAGCAGUAUCGCUCUGGCUGCUGAAGACCCAGUUUGGCCUGAAUCCCCCCGAAACAAUGUGCUACGCUACUUUGACUAUGUAUUUACAGGCGUGUUCACCUUUGAGAUGCUUAUAAAGAUGGUGGACCUCGGUUUGGUGCUUCAUCAAGGAUCAUAUUUCCGUGACCUGUGGAACAUCCUGGACUUUAUAGUGGUUAGUGGUGCCCUGGUAGCUUUCGCCUUCACUGGAGGAGGUGAUGGAGAAGAGGGAGGUAAGGGGAAGGACCUCAGCACCAUUAAGUCGCUGCGAGUGUUGAGAGUGCUGCGCCCACUGAAGACCAUCAAGCGCCUUCCCAAGCUCAAGGCCGUGUUCGACUGCGUGGUAAACUCCCUGAAGAACGUGCUGAACAUCCUGAUCGUCUACAUGCUCUUCAUGUUCAUCUUCGCUGUGGUGGCCGUGCAGCUCUUCAAGGGCAAAUUCUUCUACUGCACCGACGAGUCCAAGGAGUUCGCUCGUGACUGCAGGGGUGAAUACCUGGUGUAUGAGCGGGAUAACGAAGUGAAGGCGCAGAAGCGGGAAUGGAGGAAGUACGAUUUCCAUUAUGACAACGUUCUUUGGGCUCUGCUCACACUGUUUACGGUAUCCACUGGAGAGGGAUGGCCACAGGUCCUGAAACACUCAGUAGACGCAACCUAUGAGAACCAGGGUCCAAGUCCUGGAUACAGAAUGGAGAUGUCCAUCUUUUACGUGGUCUACUUUGUGGUUUUCCCUUUCUUCUUUGUCAACAUCUUUGUUGCCUUGAUCAUCAUCACCUUUCAGGAGCAAGGAGACAAGAUGAUGGAGGACUACAGUCUGGAAAAAAAUGAAAGAGCCUGUAUAGACUUUGCUAUCAAUGCAAAGCCGUUAACACGCCACAUGCCGCAGAAUAAGCAGACGUUCCAGUACCGGAUGUGGGAGUUUGUGGUGUCACCACCAUUCGAGUACACCAUCAUGGCCAUGAUAGCACUCAACACCAUUGUACUCAUGAUGAAGUAUGAUGAAGCUUCAGAUAUGUAUGAGAAAAUGCUCGCCAACCUGAACAUUGUUUUCACGUCACUGUUCUCCUUGGAGUGUGUGCUGAAGAUCAUUGCCUUUGGUGCACUGAACUACUUCAAAGAUGCCUGGAACAUUUUUGACUGUGUGACUGUGCUUGGAAGCAUCACCGAUAUUUUAGUCACUGAGCUAGGGAAUAACUUCAUCAAUUUGAGUUUUUUGAGACUCUUCAGGGCUGCACGUCUUAUAAAGCUCCUCCGACAGGGUGAAACCAUCCGCAUUCUGCUCUGGACUUUUGUUCAGUCUUUUAAGGCUUUGCCGUACGUGUGCCUGCUCAUUGCUAUGCUGUUCUUCAUCUACGCCAUCAUAGGCAUGCAGCUGUUCGGGAACAUUGAAAUCAAUGAGGAGGAGGACGGGGACAGCUCCAUCAAUCAGCACAACAACUUCCGAACCUUUUUCCAGGCCCUUAUCCUGCUCUUCAGGAGUGCAACAGGAGAGGCGUGGCAUGAUAUCAUGCUUUCUUGUCUGGGGGGAAAGAAUUGUGACCCCCAGUCCGUAAACGAAGCCGAUGAUUCGAAGCCGAAGUGUGGAAGCGAGUUUGCCUACCUUUACUUUGUUUCGUUCAUCUUCCUCUGCUCUUUCCUGAUGCUGAAUCUCUUUGUGGCUGUCAUCAUGGAUAAUUUUGAGUACCUGACACGUGACUCCUCAAUUCUGGGUCCUCAUCACCUGGAUGAAUAUGUGAGGAUUUGGGCCGAAUAUGACCCUGCAGCCUGCGGGCGCAUUCAUUAUAAGGAUAUGUACAGUUUAUUGCGAGUAAUCGACCCCCCUCUGGGCUUAGGAAAGAAAUGUCCUCAUAGGGUGGCCUGCAAGAGGCUGCUGAGAAUGGACCUGCCGGUGGCGGACGACAACACGGUGCACUUCAACUCCACCCUUAUGGCCUUAAUCCGCACGGCUCUGGACAUCAAGAUCGCCAAGGGUGGGGAAGGAGGGGUCGAUAAGCACCAAAUGGAUGCUGAGCUGAGGAAGGAGAUGAUGGCGAUUUGGCCCAAUCUUUCCCAAAAGACUCUAGACCUCCUGGUCACACCACACAAGGCAGCCACAGACCUGACAGUUGGCAAGAUUUAUGCUGCCAUGAUGAUCAUGGAGUACUACAGGCAAAGCAAGGCCAAGCGCACCCAGGCUCUCCGGGAUGAACAGAAUCGAACGCCAUUAAUGUUUCAGCGCUUGGAGCCACCUUCACCAACCCAGGACGCUGGGCACGGACUCAACGGCCUCCCCGAAGCACAACUGGACCCUACUAACACACUGGCGUUAGAUGGAGGCAUCCCAGAGAGCCAGUCAUGGGUAACAGCAAGGGCACAGGAGAUGUCUCAGAAAGCUGGCAGCUGGAGCCCAGAGGGCCAACCAACAGAGGACAUAAACGAGAACCACCCCACCUCACAGACGGUAGAGAUGAGAGAGAUGGGGCGGGACGGGUUCUCGGACACUGAGCCCUUCCUGCCGAUGGAAGGCCACAGCAGGGCAGCUUCCAUGCCUCGACUCCCGGCAGACAACCAACAGCAGCCAAGGAGGAGAGGAAGGCAUCGGGGGAAUAACCUCUGCACCAUAACAGACAACAGCCCGAUGAAGCGCUCAGCCUCGUCGCUCGGUCACGGGCGCAUGGGGCGAGGACCGCGGGGCGAGGACUACGCCAUGGAGCGGGUGAUGCCGGAGGAAGGCCAGAGGCACGGGCACCGGCGCAGAGAUCGCAGCCACCGCGCGUCUGAGAGAUCGCUCAGCCGCUACACAGAUGCCGACACAGGUCUUGGCACGGAUCUGAGCACCACCACACAGUCAGGAGACAUGCCACCCAAGGAGAAGGAACGCGAGCGGGGCCGAGCCAAGGAGCGGCGCCACCACCACCACCACCAUCACCACCACCACAGCUCUGUAGAAAAGGAGCGCUACACUCCUGAGAGAGAUCGAGGAGACUACGGGCAACGGCAACGCCGUUGGUCCCGCUCGCCCAGCGAGGGCAGGGAGUGCCUCACUCACCGGCAGGGCAGUAGUUCGGUGAGCGGCAGCCCCGUGCCCUCGACGUCUGGGACGAGCACGCCUCGGCGAGGGCGCCGCCAGCUGCCCCAGACACCCGCCACUCCACGCCCACACGUCACCUAUUCACCCGUGGUCCGUAAACCAGUCGGCACACCCCCUUCAGGCCCACAAAGCCGUCUGCCCACCCCUACCCAGCGCCGCUUCUCUCCGCCCGGCUCCGAACCUCCAGUACCCCCUCAUCACGGCUCCAGCCGAAGAGGCCGCUGGUGCCCGGGUUCCUCAGAAAGUGGGGCAGGCGAUGGCUUCUACGAGUUUGAAAGGCGAGAGCCACCUGCUUACGAACCUAGCCCAGGUCAGGGCAACCCGCACCCACACAACCCACCUCCACACCCACGCUCACCCAGGACUGCACGUCCUUCCGGUGCCCGACGUGUGCCCAAUGGGUACCGCUCAUCCUCACCCUCACCUCAGCGCCAUGCACCUCCUCAUGGUGCGCCUCACAAGCCCCCACAUCCCAGAGGGCCCAGGAAAGGGCUGCAUGAACCCUACAGUGAGACAGAUGAGGAUGACUGGUGCUAGCCUCUGGGAGAGUGGAGGGCAGGGGAGGAACCAAGGAUGCAGAAAAGGGGGAUGUUACCACGGGCGAUCUGCUCUUGCAGGGAACAAAGCCUCACAAUCUGCAUGCUCCAGGGUAAGAGAGUAAAGAAUUAAGGGAUCACUGGAAUGAGACUCUGCCGGAAGCAAGACAAUCUCUCAGCAGAGACAGCGAUGUCUCUAUGCUUUGGGUAAGCACCAAAAAUCAGUUGGUGCCAGAUUUGACAGGGAAAGAGGUGGGAAACAAAGCUGAAACAGGAUGCAACCCCCAAGUCUGCAUGCUCCAGAGGUGUGUACUGGGUUCCUCUGGGGGAAAUCAAGGCAUGCUUUCUUAUUUUUCUUUCCACUUCUUUUCCUAGCUGCCUAAAGUUUCCCUGCAGAGGGCGUAGACAUAAAGUGACUGACAAGGGGUGUGAAACGGGUGGGGUGGGUGAGAAAAAACGAGCUCAGAGUUGGAGGUAAAAUUGAUAAUGGACUCGGGAAAAAUUCCAAUAUUUCAACAGGAGGAACGUCCGCGCUCUUUCUGGACACGCCGCGUUUCUUCUGCAGACAAAUCAGCGAGCCACAUCACAGCGACGAGAAACGGAACUCGAAAAAGUCUCAACGAGGAGAAUUGCGGCCUGACUGGAGCUCUAUCUAUUGCAAAAAUCCACCCACAUGUUGGGUAAUAUUGAUGAGUUUUAUCAUCUGUGUUUACUGUUAAUAAUUAUUUCCGUGAGCGUGAGGCUAUCGGCCGUGUGUGUGAGCGUGUACGGGUGCGUGUAUGUGUGUGUGUGGGUGGGUUUUGCUUAGGGUCGGGCAUGGGCACACAGACACCCUGACUCUAUUGGAAAUCCAAACCCCCUCAUAGCUACACAGCUACUGACCAACCACACCCCCCAACCUAAAAAAAGAGAGAAAAGAAACACAAAUGAGGGGAAAAAAACUAACCAGUCUUAACUCUUAUACGGCUUUUCUUCUUCUACUUCUUGUUGGAAACAUUGACGCUUGAUUCUUCUGUUGCACUGCUAAGCUUUGUUUGAACUAGAUAAAAAAAAUCCCUUAAAACUCCUGCAUGAUCGAAACAAAAGAAAAAAAUGAUCAGAGAAACUGAAUGAAUCGAGGGGAGGGUACGUUUCUUGGUCGAUUUUUUGUUAUGUGUGUGAAGUUCUCUCUCUCCUGCCCCCAGCCCCGCCUUUUUUCCCACUCCUCUCUGAAACCGUCCCUCGUCCUCGUUAGGGAUGGCACAAAGGGGACAAGAGGCCAACACUUUUUGUGCGCUACUUUUAUUAAACUGAUUUAUUGGAACAAUUUUAUAAUCAGUUCUCAGCCUGGCUGCGAAAAGGCAGUGUCUCUACCACACACACAAAAAAAUGAGUAGAAGGGUACUGACUCGAUAGCACAAUUAUUUUUGGAGAUAGAGCUUUUAUAACAUCAUGCAUUAAUCUUGCAUAGUAUUGUAGUUUGCUUACUCGCACAAAGACAUGCAAGCACACAGACCCUGCCAUCGACACACUCAUAAGCACACACAUCGAUCCCCCAAACACCCCCCCCACACACACACAUACAGAAAGUAGAAUACUGUAUAUAUAUAUACACACACACACACACACACACACACGUUACGUGGACUCUUUUCCCCUUCCUCCAGUCUUCCAGGGUGUGAUGGAGUGAGGAGGAAGCAGGGAAGGCGAGAAGAGAGAGAACCUCUUCAUCGUUUGAUUUGAUUUGUUUUGAUGAUGUUUACAUCUUCGGAUGAUAAGGAUGUCAAAGAUGAUGAUGAUGAUGAUGUUUGUGAUUUGAUUUUGUAUCUCGUUUCGGUUUUGAUUCAGCACUGUUCUCUGUAUUGCCAUAUUUGUUUUAUUGUGGUUCUGUUCGUGUGGUAUGUGGAGCUCUGUGGCAGUGAUGCAUUCUGGGCCAUGGUAGUCUCACUUUUAGUCCCUACUGGUAUUUUACAAACACAUGUCCAGGGUGUCUGCAGGUCCUCUCAUUUAACUACAAAAAUUUAUUCGACAUUUAAUCAAGUCUUUAGUUUCAAGUUCACAUAAAUGAUUACAGAAUUAAGGUGGUACAAGCAUAUUCUAUUGCUUUACCAAUGGCUUACAUGGUAAUUUAUUCAUCUAGUGACAAUAGCUGUUAAAGCAGUGAUACUGCAUUACAUGGUAUAAAUGACCAAACUGUACCACUGUAAAUGAAGAAACAUGAUGGUCAAUACUGUUCAACUUCUAUAUUUAUUUUAAGAGCACCAUUGCAUUAGUCAAAACAACCAGAAGGUGGAACAUAUCCCUCAAGUAUCUUUUUGUAUUAUAUUAUUAAUAUGCUGUGUGAUGCAGGCCAGCUGUGGUAUACACUUACACUUACACAUACAUUCAACAAUACAGAAUAAUGUUAAUUCAACCAAAAGUGGCCGAUAACCAGCAGAAUCGUGUCCCUAACUUUAAAACUCACUGCAAACUUUCCAAUAAUAUAUAGUAAGUAUUAAGGGUACCUGCAGACAUCCCACAUGUCUGUUACUGAUUAAAAGUAGAAAAACAUUUUAUAUUAGAUGUAAACACAGCGAGAUACAAAUUUAUAAAAAAAAAUAAGGUAUAACAAGGUAUGAUGAAUGAUGAGUAUAAUUAAUUAUAUGUGUAUAUUAAUUGUGAACUGAUGCAGUUGUACAUAAUUAAGAUAUAACCUACCUAAAUCAACAUAUUUUUAUGAUAAAAACAAUUAUUAUUAUUAUUAUAACUAUUAUUAGAGCUGAUAUUGUAUUAAGCCCCUUUGUGUGCUUAUUUUAAGUGGACAGGAACCCGUUUACCAUUUUUCACUGACCUUGUGCCUCUGUGCCAGUGCCAGAACUGGUGCUUGUUUAGGAAAGCAGCGAACCUUAUUUAGGAACUGGCCAACGUUUCUACUGGUUAAAGAGCUGGGCUUUUACAAGUCUUACCUCUGGCAUUAUAAUCAUACAUCAGAAACAGAUUACAUACAUGCAGGUUAUAACACAUACCUUUACUGUGAAUGUGUAAUUGUGCAAAGAAGGUUUUAGCAAGACUAUUGGAGUCACUUUGACUAUUUCAUUCAAAUAAAUCCUACUUGUAAUUUGUUCUGAGCUCAAAGGACUACUGCUGCUUUCCAUAUUACAUAUUACAAUCUACUAGAUAGUGUGUCAGAUGUUAGUUGUAGUAUGUAGCCUCUUCAUUGCAGUUUCAUGGUUGAUGAUUUUGUGUAUAAUUCACUAUUUACUUAAACACCUUAAAAUCCAGCACUUUCUCUGAAUUGUACUGGAUGUUUAUGUUCUGCCCCAUAGUAACCACUAGGCUAUUACGUGGCAGCUGUAGCCUAGUGGUUAAGGUCCUGGACUAGUAUUCAGAAGGUUGCUGGUUCAAUCCCCACCUCUGCCAGAUUACCACUGUUGGGCCCCUGAGCAAGGCCCUUAACCCUCAGUUGCUUAGGUUAUAUAUUGCUACAAAUGUAAAUGUGCCUAAAGAAAGUAUAGGUCCUGUUUUGUUUGAUGCUAUUUCAAUUUAAAGCACGGUUGUGUAAGCAGACUGAGUAUUGAUCAUUCUUAUAGCUACAAAUUAGCACAGCCUCAGAGCUCGCAGGGUCAAUGUCUUGGAUUAAGUACCAGCUCUGAAACCAGCACCAGCACAAGCACAAUGCCAGUGGCAAAAUGGUAAAUACUUUAUAUACAAUCAAAGUUUAGCGGUUCUGUUCAGUAAACCCAGUUGUAAAAAAAAGAAAGAAAAUAAAGGAAGGAAAAGAAACUAUUUCAGUGCAAUUGUUCCAGUUAGGAACGCGUUGUAAUGUUAGAGUAGUCUGAAUGAAUUGUGUAUCUGUAAAGAGAACAGAGCUCCACUACCUCUAACAGACCGAUAGAUGGCGCUGUGUCUAACACAGUACCAGGCCUGUGGUUAUGACUGGCUUUGUGUCACACGUUUUCUGUUCCAUGUUUCUGUCUGUAACACUGGGAUGUAAGACUUUUCUAGUGCACCCUUCUUGCUCUGUGUUCAGGACAUGUAACACAGCCGGUCAAACUGCACAGGAACAUGUAGCACAGCUGACCGAAGUGCAUGGGUUGAAAAAAAAUAAUGACCGGAGCGUUUUAUUUGUUCUUGUGUCCUGCUAAUCUUUGUGUCCCAAAGGCCAGAAUAUGUUCUCCUUAUUUACAACGAUUCUGUCCACUCAGAUACACUGCCAAACAACAUUGUUGGGAAGGACACAGCCAUCAUUCUGUAUGUAGCAUUCAGUUUUAACAUGCAUACCCACUCGUGGGAACAUUUCACACAAAAACAUGCCUGUAAUUACCAGUACGAGUGAUUGCGUCUGAACGUGAGAAAGAGAAAGCAAGCAUUUAUUUUUACACAAAGUCUAUAUAAGUUAUAGUCACUGGUAACACGAUAACUUUAACAUUUGAGAGAGAUAAAGGCUCCCCUUGCAGGUUUAGUGUUAGCGUUAGCAUGUGUGGAAUGUAACACUGACUUAAUUGUUCAGUGCCUUAUUCAUCCAUCCAUCCGUCUAUCCAUCUUUGUCUCUCUACCUGUCCAUCGUUUGUUUGUUUAUCUGUCUGUUUGUCUGAUUGUCUGCCUGUGUAUUUGGAAUAGCCAAAAUUAAGCAAAAGAACUAUAAAGUAAGCCACUUGAAAUUGUGACAGCGUAUUCUUUAGUUAACUAAACUUGAUAUGAUUUAAAUAUUAAAAAAGAUAUGAACUUUAACUUACAUAACAUCAAAUUGGGAUCUCAAAUUAUUUUAAAACAUGUAGCAUUAACUCCUAAUUUAGUUACUGCUAUUUCUUACUUCAAGUUCCCAAUAUCACUGGACAGCAAACAGUCCGUGAUGGUGGCGGCUAACACAUGCUUCCUCCAAAAAAUAUAAAGCCAGUCACAUUGGGCAAAUCAGAGGAGCUCACAGAUGACUAUAAUGUCCAGUCUCCUUUUGUUUCAUGGGGGACGGAAAGGCAUCAUGAACACUUAAAGCUCUUGACCAUCAAUACAUAAUCAAGGAUUGAUCUUACAAUGUAUUAGCAAUGGAGACGCUCAGGUGGCACAGUGGUAAAUUGCGCUAACCCACUACUGCUAGGAUCCAGGGUUUGAAUGAUUCCCUAUGUUUAUGAUGAUGGUCAUGUUUAGCAAAUCUUCUUUGUGAUGUAUAUUUAUGUUCUUCUAUGUUAUGGGACCUUCACAUUUUUGAAGUAAACAAUGUUUGGUUACUUUUCUUUUAAAUCAUGUUUGUAUAAGCCAUAAGUUAUAACAAUUAUAUGUCUGUAUGAUAUGAUUUUGCUUGGUUUAUGCUUUUGUUUAUGCUUGUAAUAAGUUUCAUUCAUUAAUGUUCAAAUCAUCUUUGUUAGCUGCUUUGUUCUUGUCAGGUUUGCAGUGUACAGUGUACACCAUACCUUAAACACCCGUAAUAUACCCGGCAGUGUUGGUGCCACACAGUCAAAUUUUGGCAUGUUCUACCCCUGUGUUUUUGUCUUCCUCCCAGCUCUAGAACAUGCCAGGAGGUGACUAUAGUAAAAACAUAUUUCACUCCUAGGUGAAGGGAGGUGCAAGGUGGGUGUGAGGAUCCAUCAGGGAUGGAAAAGGGCAGUAAUGGGUAAAAUAUAUAGACAUAUUUAUGAAUUAAUCAUUUUUAUAGUGCAUAGUAAAUAAGAUUAUUUAUAGAAAGUGUCACCAAAGCAUAAAAAGUGCAAUGACUCCCUUCCUCCAAACAAGGUCUGGUAACAGUAAGACUUAUUUCAAUAACGAAUAAUAAAUAAUGAAUAUGCUUGUUCCAACAUCAUGACUUAAUACACAACGUGAUGUGGAAAGAACUUAUUAUUUUAUCUGCUCAGUAUAUUGUGCAUAAGGUUAUAAUGCAAGUGGGAGCCAGAAACUGUAGCAAGCAGGAGUGUGUGUGAGAGAGAGCAAGCUUAUAAAUCAGAUGUUAUUUUAUUUGCAUGCGAGAGUUUAUUCUUUUGUCGAUACACUGAACUCAUUCACCAUUGGAGGGUGUUUGUGGCUGUGGGUAUGUGUGUGUGCAUGUGUGGGCAUGCGCUGCACCAGUCCAGACAUGCAUUUUUCUUUUACACCCUCAUACAGCACCGCUACUAACAACGUCACCCCCCUACUUUCAUCAGGCAAAAUACUUACACAAAGGUAACCAGCAAUGUAGGAGCCACCAUGGAAAAAGAAAGAAAAGUACAAAAACCUGAAAAAAAGAAGAAAAAAAGUUUUCAGAACUAAAAACGUGAAAGUAUUUAACUUCCAGAACUGCAUGUGCUAUGUGCAUGCCACACCGUGGAACUUCAUCUUCAGGAAUUAAAAAAAAAGAAUAGUAUUAUUGAAAGAUGAGUAUAGAUAAAUGUUUUUAAAAGCAUCAUGUUCCUUUUCCUUCUAUUUUUUAAAACAAAAUAAAAAUAAAAAAUGACCAAAAAAAAUCUUGAGUCAAACGAAUUUUGGUGAAAACUGAAAUUGGUUUGUUUCUGUUUCUUUUUUUUUCUGCAAACUUGAAAGUAAAGACACUUCAACACUAUGUUCAGGACACAUCAGAAAAAAAAUAAUAAAAAAUGAUUU